AUGAGUAGUACGUUAGGCCCCCUCGAGUACGCUUCACAGGUUUACAACAAAGUCGAUGUGCUCUCCCCACCCAAGCAACUCCUAUUUGAGGUUGGACUGUGCGAGAUCCUCGUCGUCCUUGUGGCCGAUCUCGCUGCAGAUGAGGACACGUCUACACUCGCCGCAUAUCAGAACGCGCUCGAUGCAAUCCGCGUGAUAGACCAGAAGGGGACACCGCAGUCCAAGAGGCUAGUCAAGAUGGCUCGUCAAACUGUCGAAGCACUCAUCCCCGAUGAUGACGACGCACGCGCUUGGCGCUGGACAACGGCGCUCUGGCAGAACGCCGGCAUCAGCAUCUAUUACACAUGCGGCGUCGUUCUUGGUGAUCAACAGUCAGGGUUCCCACUUACUCACUACAUCGAAGCGAUGGACCACAUUAUCCAAGUCACCAGCAGUCUCAACACCCCGCUCCCGCUCUCACUCAUCCAACUCCCGCCCAUCAUGCUGCACGCGCACCACAUGAUCACCGACAUGAUCCAAACAUUGGAAUCCCUCGUCCUUUCCCCGGACGCCGUCGCCGAAUACUACAAACAAGUCGACGAUGGUGGCCACUCCUUGGCUUCCAUGGCAAAACAACUCCGUGACGAGGCCAGGAACCGUGGUGUCAAGAUCUGA